AAAAUUGCGAAACUAUUGUUUGUAGCAUAUUAUAUGCUUUGACCUUGUCUGUCUUCACAAGUGUGAACGAGAGGGAAAUGUCAGGGGUAAAGAGCGAAGAUGCGCUCAGUAACGCAACGCAAUCGCAGAAGACGUGUCGAUAGUAACAUACGGCUAUAAAAUAUUAUAUUAUCGCGAAAAUCUCGAAACAAACGACUGUAAAAGUAGCUUGUGUAUUAAAUGAUAAAAAACUAAAAUUUUGACUUCAUUAAUUAAGAAAAAUUUUGCGAAUAGGCAGAAUCGUGAUCGAAGUUUAUUUUCAUUGUCGAUGUAAACAAAAGAGCUGUGUUGUUAUAACAAUGUGUUUGUUGCGGUGAAGGGGCGUGAAUGAGGUUCGUGCCGGACUGUAUCGCGAGGACUUUUAAACGAAAAUACUGGAGGAUGAGCGGCGUCAGUCGAGAUGCCCCUGUGGGCAUACAACUCAUUCAGAAACUGAGCAACUAUUGCUGUCCUAGGCUUCAGAUCAACCGACUUCGAUGGUACCAAGGUUCGGUUCUCGUGUUGACAUUCUUCACGUACAUGACAUACCACUUGACACGCAAACCGAUAUCAGUAGUGAAGAGUGUGCUACAUCAGAACUGCUCAGCGUUAGUGCCUCCCCCGGGAACCGAUCCCAAUGACGAUCAGUGGUGUAACUGGGCGCCGUUUAACACGGCGGACGCGAACACGUUGCUGGGCACGUUGGACUCCGCGUUCCUGUUCUCAUACGCGGGCGCCAUGUUUGUUUCAGGUAUGGUAGCGGAGCGCGUGGACCUGCGCUACUUCUUGUCGCUGGGUAUGCUGACGUCUGCUAUAUUCUGCUACCUGUUCGGCAUCGGACGUACUUACAAUGUGCACAAUAUCUCGUACUAUCUGCUUGUGCAGGCGGGCGCGGGUAUCGCCCAGACGACGGGCUGGCCGGGCACGGUCGCGAUAGUGGGCAAGUGGUUCGGCAACAGUAAGAAAGGACUCAUCUUCGGGAUCUGGAACUCGCACACGUCGCUCGGGAAUAUAUUGGGUACAAUAAUGGCGGCGGAGUACGUGGACUCGGACUGGUCGCUGUCGUUCAUAUACCCUGGUCUGGUGAUGGGUGCAGUGGGUGGCGUCGUCUGGCUGUUCCUGGCUCCAGACCCUCGACACCUGGGCCUCGCCGCCGCCGUCAAUGGCAGGAACUCUCCUACGCGUCAGGUGACGCGCUCCGAUGAAGAGGACGAAGGUGACGAAGAUGAGGAGUCAUCAGUCAUCGUUGGCGACCAGUCGGCGAGUCUCCGGCCCAACAGACAUUCUGCUAAUGCAGCGCAUGACGACAUAUCAGAGCGCACGUCCCUCCUCCGGUCGUCGUCCCCGGACAGCGCGGUGUCGCUCGGGCGCGCGCUCCGCAUCCCCGGCGUCGUCGAGUUCUCACUCUCUCUGUUCUUCGCGAAGCUAGUCAGCUACACGUUCCUGUACUGGCUGCCUUCUUAUAUCCGGUAUACUCUGCCGAACCUGUCGGCCCGGCAGUCGGGCGAGCUGAGUACAGUGUUCGACGUGGGCGGGGUGCUGGGCGCCAUCGUGGCCGGGCUCGUGGCAGACUGCAGCGCGGCGCCCGCGCUCGUCUGUGUCUGCUUCUACUGCGCCUGCGCACCCAUGCUAUUCCUAUAUCAAUGGUGGGGAGGCACCUCGUAUCUUAUGUCAGUAAUUCUACUGGUGAUGACGGGCUCGCUAGUGAACGGCCCGUACGCACUAAUCACCACAGCUGUCAGCGCCGAGCUUGGCACGCAUCACUCGCUCGCGGGGAACAGUCGCGCGUUGGCUACUGUCACCGCUAUUAUAGAUGGAACUGGCAGUCUCGGUGAGUACAAUGUUAAGGACAACGAACGACCGGACAGAUCACCUGAUGGUAAGCAAUCAGCGCCGCCCAUGGACACUCGCAAAACUAAAGGCGUUAGUAGCGCGGCGAUAGGUCCAAUGUUGGCCGGUGUAGUGUCGUCCCACUCGUGGACGCAUGUCUUCUACAUGCUCAUCGCGUGCAACUUCAUGGCGCUCUUCUUAUUGCUCAGGAUAGCAUACACGGAGAUGUUAAAGAUAAAACAAGAGAGACGUAUGGCAUCCCCGCCGCGAGUACGCGUCGAGUAAACGCACAGUAUACGCACCGUAACCGCGCAGUAAACGCACAGUUACUGUGUUAAUUGUAAUUAUUCUAUGAUUAGGACAAAUUGUUAAAAUCCAUACAGUAAGCGUACGAUAUCAGCGCAGUGUACGCACAGUAACCGCGCAGUAGACGCAGGUACCGUGUCACCUUCUAUAGAGAUAAAAUAGGGGCUACUAUAUUUUUACUCACCAGGUGGCGCUAGUGAGACCGUCUCACUCUUUGUCCAAUAGGGAAUUAGCUAACUAGUGUCACACCCAUCGACAUAUACUAAUGGCAUGCCGUACGCGUAUAAUCUGCAGUAAUUUUUUGGUUUGAAAAGAGUGAGAGAGAUGGCCUAUGCUUUCGGUCUAGCGCUAUCUCUUUCUCGCUCAUAACGUCUUAACUAC